AUGCUCUCGACCUCCUUCCUCUCGCUCGCGCUGGUCGCACCUCUCGUUCUCGCGUUUGACCGCCACCUCGCGCACGACGCGCUCGCCCAGCGUCGCCACCUCGCUCCGGCUAAGCGCCAGUACGGUGCCGCGUACGGCGCGCCGGCCGCUCCCGCUGUGCCCGCCGUCAGCGACAUGGCCUCGUCGUGGUCGUCGGCGUCGGCGGCCGCGUCGUCGGGCAUGAUGGGCGGCGACUCGGCGAUGGCGCACGACUCGGCCAUGGCGACGGGCCACGCCGGCGCGUCGUCGUACGACACGGCCAACUGGGCGCCGAGCGAGACGGCGUCGGCGAGUGCGGCGUGGGGCGGCGGCGGCGGCAUCGCGAUGGACCAGUGCGUCCAGCAGUGCAUGGUCGCGAGCUCGAUGGCGUGGCCCGCCGCCUCGGCGACCGACAGCAUGGCCUCGGCUCCUCCGGCGGCGAGCGCCUCGGCGGCGGCGGGCGGCGAUGCUCCUCCUCCGCCUGCGGGCUACGACACUGGCCUCGUCGCAGGUCCCGGGCAGGUCGUCGUCGCGCCCAAGAAGGGCGACCUCCGCAUGGUCCCGUUCAACAUCGCCGUCAAGCCGGGCGAGACGGUCGAGUUCGUCUGGGGCGCAGGUCCUCACACGGUGACGCAGUCGUCGGCGGCGAGCAUCUGCAACGCGUCGCAGGCCGACGGCGCGUUCAAGAGCGGCAUGCAGAACGCGACGUUCACGUUCCCCGUCAAGGUCAAGGACGACAAGCCCGUCUUCUACUACUGCGCCGUCGCCAUGCACUGCAAGAUGGGCAUGUUCGGCCUCAUCAACGGCCAGGUCUCGCUCGACGGCAACUCGUCGUUCGGCAGCUACAUGAAGACGUGGGCCGCCAAGAACAAGGAGAACCAGCAGAUGUGGGACGAGACGGUCAAGAUCACGAUCGACUUCCCCGACUUUGCCUCGUGGGGCGACAACCUGUCGACGACGCAGUUCGAGGACUGGGCCCUCCCGAUGGCCAUGGAGUCGACCCUCAUGACGCGCCAGUACUUUGCCCUCAACGCGCUCGCCGCCAGUACCAACGGCUCCUCGUCGUCGCCGUCGUCGCCGUCGUCGCCCACCUCGGCGCCUGGCGGCACCGCCGCCGCGACCGACCCGUCGGCGUCGUCGGACGCGCAGGUCUCGAGCGCACGGGCCCUCGGCGCGGCCGUGUCGACGGUCGCCGUCAUCGUCGGCGCGCUCGGCGUCGGCGUCUUCCUCGAGGUGGUCUGAGCAGGUGGACGAGCGCGUGGGCGAGUCUGAGCAGGCGCGGGUCGACCUGGC